CAGUUACAUCAGUGCGUGUGCUGCGUCAGUGUCGCAUUUGGGUCCUGAGCAGCGCAGAGAGCAGGGGGUGACAGCUGGAGUUCCUGGAUUAAUAGAAAUAUUGUGGCAAGAUGUUCGCGGCAAGACUGGUAUGUCUGAGGAGCCUCCCAACAGUGGCUUUUCGCUCAGCUUUGAUCCAGGGAUCACCCACUGUGAGAAAUGCUCCUCUCAAAACAAACCAGUGGUUUUUGCAACCUAACAAGGGCUAUGCGUCCAAAACCCGGUUUGGAUUACGAAAAGCCAAAUCUGCUCGUGAAGAAAUUAAAGAAGCCGCUUUUGAGCCAUCUAUGGGCACAGCUGCAAGAAUUGACAUAACUGGCAGACUCAUUGUAGCAGGCGGAGCUGUUGUUGGUCUUGGUGCUCUAUGCUAUUAUGGACUGGGAAUGUCCAAUGAAAUUGGUGCCAUUGAGAAAGCUGUCAUUUGGCCUCAGUAUGUAAAAGAUAGAAUCCGAUCAACCUACAUGUAUUUCGCCGGCAGCAUCAGUCUCACAGCUCUGUCUGCAGUAGCAGUCAGCAGGUCACCCGCUCUCAUGAACCUGAUGAUGAGAGGCUCCUGGCUGGCCAUUGGGGCUACAUUUGCAGCAAUGAUAGGAGCUGGCAUGCUGCUAAGAUCAAUAUCAUAUGAACAAAGUCCUGGAUCUAAGCAUCUUGCAUGGCUGUUGCAUGCAGGGGUGAUGGGAGCAGUGGUUGCACCAUUAACAUUGUUAGGGGGUCCUUUGCUAAUUAGAGCUGCCUGGUACACAGCUGGCAUUGUCGGAGGUCUAUCCACUGUAGCCAUGUGUGCCCCUAGUGAGAAAUUUUUGAACAUGGGGGGACCCCUGGGGGUUGGUCUUGGACUUGUUCUCGCCUCUUCCAUAGGAAGUGCAUUCCUUCCUCCGACCUCUGCAUUUGGAGCUGGUCUUUAUUCUGUUGCAAUAUAUGGGGGCUUAGUGCUUUUUGGAAUGUUCCUUCUGUAUGAUACACAGAAAGUCAUUAAACGGGCUGAGACACAUCCAAUGUAUGGAGUACAGAAAUUCGACCCAAUUAACUCAUGCCUGGGAAUUUACACAGACACUCUAAACAUCUUUAUUCGUGUGGCCAUGAUGCUGGCUGGAGGUGGAGGAGGCAAGAGGAAAUGAAUCAGUGCAGCACUCAUAACCUUAUAUUGAUUGCUCUCCCCAAGCACUUUACUCACCUACAGAACCAUAAAUACAUGCUAAUAUAAAUACCAUCAACCAGAUUAUGUUUAUAUUUGGCAAUAGAAAUAGAAGCAUGUUGAUUGAAUCUGUUCUAAAAGCCUUGACUUCUGAAUAAACACUCAACACUAUAAUUUAAGAUAGGAGCAAAGAAUGGCACGGAAGCAUUCAUCUUUUCAGUGGUAAUGAAUAGCACAGGGUGUAAGGAACAGAAGAAAAUCACUUUACAUUCUGAUGAAAUUACCUGGCAUGGAGAAAUUGUAGAUCUUCAAAAUUCUGAUCGCUAAAAAUAUGGUGCAGGGGUGGAAAGAUUUGUUUGCAAUUAUCUCUGUGCAACAAAUAAAGAGAUUUAUAACCUUGUCA